UCAAAUUCCUUGUAUGUCUGAUAUAUUAUGGUAAUAAAUGUUUCCUGAUUCCUGAGAGAAGCGGCUCUAGCAGCGUGGAGUCGCUCUGAGACAGCGAGGAGAGCAGUCGCUGUGGAAUGGCCUGCUUUGAAGCCUGACUGGUGGGGGUCAAGGAGGUUGUUACACGGACCCAGAUCCUCCACAGAGACCAAUCCACCAUGGACAGACCGAGAUCUCCCAGCAGGGACCAGUCCACCGUGGGCCGACUCGGAUCCCCUAGCAGAGACCGCUCCACCGUGGACAGACCUACGUUCUCUGCAGAGCUCCUCCCAGGAGGGAAGGGAGGCCCAAAAGAACCAGGACUGACAGGGUCAACCUGUGAGACCUCUGGUGCAGUAGAAUGAGGUCUCUGAACGGUGCCCGUAGUCCACAGGGAGGGACGGAAACCAGAAAAAUCUGAACCAGAAAAGGUGUAUUUUGCGCUUUAACUUUUACUCUCAAACUUCUUGUUCAAAAUUUUCUCUUGCUGGUGAAAGAGUGGACGACUGCACCUGAAAGCAGCAUGAACCUUGCAUCACCUGAACCUACCACACUCCCCUGACUCUUCUACUGCCAUUACAGACACCUGAACUCACCACAGACACUAGACUCUACUACUGUCAUUACAGACACUUGAACUUACCAUGCACAGGUGUGGAUGUGGGUGGAUUGUGACAUCACUGCCGGGGGUGUGGCCAUACAGAGUAAUGUGCAGUCUGUGUCUUUCCUCUAAUACUUUAAAUUGUCCUUUUAUAAAGCAGCAGGUCACCCCCCCCCUCCCCCCUCACACACUGUAAUAACCUGAGCCAUCUGUCGGAGAUGCUUACCAUUGGCCAACAGAAGAAAGGUCUGCAGGCUGCGGAGGACCUGAUUGGCUGGCAGCUUGCCCAGAAGAAGGGGAGGCUAUGUCAGCUGAUUGAAGGAGAUCGGAAGAGGAAGAGGAGGAGGCGUCACAAGAGGAGGACAAGCCGAGUGGAGCCCGUAAAUCCACGAUGAGCCGGCUCUACUGCAGACAACAAGUGUUCAGAGAGGGAGGAGAGCCCCGGCGUCCUCGCUAACCAAGGGGGAGUUGGAGAAAGGAGGUUACCACGGCAACUCGGGGGACGUUGCUGCAGAGGCGUUGUCGCCGAGGACACGGGACACACAGGUCAAAGGGACGCUGAUGACCUUCUUCACACGGUUUACCGAGUUACAGGAAGGGACUUUGAGUGUCUUGACGGGCCGCGAUGUCCCAGGCAGGUAAAGUUCUCCACCUGUACGUCGAGGUCCGUUCCGUCUCCGAGGAGGAACAUCAGGUGCCCGGAGGAAGCGAUGACGGGACCGCCCACCAGAUGCUUCAGUGCUCCAACGUCAUCCCUCAGUCCCACAGCCCCGACUGCCGCCAGGCUCCACCCCCUGACCCCUCGUCCCCCUCAAAGUCUUCCUCCAGACACUCCGUCAGCUUCCAACUCCAGAGCCCAGACGACACAGGGUGUCCCACCCAGUUCCACAGGCAAGAUCUGUCCCACGAGGGUUUGAGCCAGUUGCCCCAGGUCCUUGCACCCGGAGCAACCGUCCUGGGCCAGAGUGGGUUGCACUUGGGAUGCACCUGUCCCUCCGAUUGGGCUCCCUCCCGGGAAAAGACGCUCAUCUCCCCGUCUGCUACGUCUUCUCUACCCCUCCUGCCCACCGGCCACCGUGGGUCCUUCAAGGUCACGGGUGUCGCGGGCGAGGAGGGGACGACGUCCGUGGUCACUUUUGGCUACAUCGAGAAAGCUAAUGUUUGCGGCGGAGGGGGCGACCAAAGCGUGCGGGGCAGUCCUCUCCACUGGCUGGAAGAGGGGCGCCGGCUCCCAAAGAGGUUGAGUGACCCGGUGCGGUACGGCGCAAUGCCGGGGCACGGGGACCCCUUACCGCCCUCGCGGAGGAGCGGCUCCCCACAAGGCCUGUCUUACCUGCAGAGGGCGAGCCCGGACCCAAUGGCCAGAGACGCCACCUGCAGGGCACUGGAGGAAUUCGGAUCCCCGGGACUCAGGCGCAGAUUUGGCGAAAACAACCCGAGGAACUACAGCCCAACCCUGCCGCGGCACUACCAGCACCCCUCCCCCCGCUGCCGGUCUUGGGGGGGGUCCCCCGUCCUGCCCCGCAGCGCCUUCACCCUGCCGGCCAGCGUAGCCUGCCGUGGAUCGACGAAUGGACUACCCAGAAGCCCCGCCUCCAACCGCCUGUGUUCUCAGACCGGCUGCCCCUCCAACUCGUUAGCCUGCACCUCGUCUCUCUGCUCUCGGGGCUUCCGGGGGGGGGGGCAGAGCCCGAGCUUGUCCAGAAAGUGUCACCCAGCAUUACCGGCGGGGAGGCCCACGGACAUCCAGCACGAGGUCCCGACUGGCCGGUUCUGCACCGGCAACUAUUCCAGUCUAGCCAGCCAUUGUACUAGCACCACCAACAUGACCCACAAUAGCACACAAAGUAUACCCUGCAGUAGUUGUGGUGACGUGUGCAGCAGGCACCCCCGCGACUCGGUCAGCCCCACCUACGGCAGGAGGACCAUCUCCCCAACCAUAAAUUCUGAAGUGGCUUGUAAGUUAGCAGUGGACGCCACCAAGCUGUCUACCACGUACGCCGAGAGGCGGACACCCUCUCCAGGGGCGUCCUCCCAGGCCGGGUCACCGAGGUCAGAGACCAGCAAUGUCUCCUUCCUGAGAGACUCCGAUGACCCGGACCUUCGAUGGAAAACGCCUCGAGCCGGACCGGGGCGCGCCUUGCCUCCUCUGACCAGGAAAGGCCCAUCAUCACCGGCGUCUCCAACCUUGCCUAGUCCGCUGUACCCAACCUCUUCAUCUCCAUCGACGGAGCGGCAUCAUCGCCUAUGCCACGGACCUGAGGAGCCCCCUGAACCCUCCAGGUCGGCUGUCCACGCCAGCCGGUGGGGGUCGGACGUCAGACCGUUCCGGGACAGGGAGGGAUUCGGCGAAGACUGCUUUGGAUGGUUGACUCCCGCAGGGUAUGCUCUAGGCAAAGAAGAGCGCCGCACGGAGGUCAGAAGAGGCGACGGGGAGAGGGAGGAGCUUCAGGACCACAGUGACCCCGCUGGCUCCGCCUCACGGAGCUCCAGUGGGGUCACCGGCAGCACGGCCGAAAGAAACGGGAGCCCGUCCCUCAAAACCUCGAGCCAUUCCAGCCACAACAUGGCAGACACGGGCUCAGGGAAGCAGUCAGAAGGCUCCUCAUCGUCGCGCUCGCAGAAGAUCGCCAGAGCCAAGUGGGACUUCCUGUUCGGGGAGAGAGAAGCUCCAUCUGCGACGCCUCCAGCCAGCAGUUUGCCGAACCCCACCCCUCCCUCCUCCCUCCAUCUGAAACCAGCCAAUCAAAGGAGGGGGCGGGGCAGCGAGGGUCCAGGACCAUUGCAUCGCCAGGUGCGGCAGAUCGUGGUGGAGCCAGUGAGCCCUGACGCCCAAGGCUCCACCCCCAGGACAGGCAUCGUCCGCCACACUCUCCAGUACUCGGAGACUGACUUGGACGCGGUGCCGCUGCGGUGCUACAGGGAGACGGACCUGGACGAGGUGAUGCGGGCGGAAGCUGAGGCGGCAGACGAGGAGGUGGACUCGGCCUUUUGGAGCAACCACAGCGUCCUGGAAAACUCUAGCUGCAGCCCGGCCAACGCCUCCCCUAAACCCCAGACGGGUGGAGACGUGGAGGAUGGAGAAGAAGAGGAGGAGGAGGAGGAAGGAGUGGUGAGCUGGGCCACUGUCCGGAUGCUCGGAGAUCAACAGAGACAAAGGACCACCAACGAAGAAGAGGAGGUCUUCAGUCUGCUGCUGAAGGGGUCGCUGGUGACCUCAGACUCCUGCGACGGCCUCAAGUCUCCGAUCUCCAUCGGCGGCCCCCGCCGCCCCUCUGAGAGCAACCUGGACUCGUUCAGCCGCCACUUCGAGAGCAUCAUGGAGUCUCACCGGGCCAAAGGCACCUCCUACAGCAGCCUGGACAGCGUGGACCUCCUGACCUCUGGGUCCACCUCGGUGUUCACCUUCGACCUGCCCACCCUCACGCCUGAGAUCCAGAGUCAGAUCUGCGAGAGCGCCAAGCAAAUCAUCGAGCUGAGCUUUGCCCCUCUGGCCCACCCGGACCCGCACGCCCCCCCCUCGGAGACGUCUAGCUCCAACGGGGCGCUCGCCACCUCGGGGGAGGGGCUCCGAGGCAGCUCCAAAGACAACGAGCCAGGCCCUCCGGUCCGCUCCAGGUCGGAGAAGGAGUCAGGCCGUCGCCCCGUCCUCAGGGACGGCUUCCGCAAGGCCAGCUCAACGCCGUCACUCCACGGCAGCCCCAGGGAGCGUCCGGUGAACCGCCCCCCCGAGCCGCCGUACCCUCAGGCUGACGCGGCGGAGCGGCUGCCGCUCGGCGGUGACGAGGUUCUUCUGAACGGCAGCAAGGCCGACCUGCAGGCCGCCAGGCGCCUCGCCAAGCGCCUCUACGGCCUGGACGGCUUUCGGAAGUCCGACGUGGCUCGACACCUCGGCAAGAACAAUGAGUUCAGUCAGAUGGUGGCAGAGGAAUAUCUCAGCAACUUCUCCUUCCGAGGUCUCACCAUCGAUCAGGCUCUCAGGACGUUCCUCAAUCGGUUCGCUCUGAUGGGAGAAACUCAGGAGAGGGAGAGAGUCCUCGCUCAGUUCUCAAGGAGGUACAGGCAGUGUAACCCGCAGGGUGUCCCCUCAGAAGACAGCGUCCACACCCUGACGUGUGCCGUCAUGUUGCUGAACUCUGACCUCCAUGGGAACAACGUGGGGAAGAGGAUGUCCUGCAAUCAGUUCAUCACAAACUUGGAGGGUCUCAACGACGGAAGAGACUUCCCCAAAGAUCUGCUGAAGACGCUCUACAGCUCCAUCAAGAACGAGAAGCUCCAAUGGACCAUAGACGAGGAGGAGCUGAAGAAGUCCAUGUCAGAGCUGGCCGACGUCCGAACAGACUCCGCCUCCCACACCAUGAAGCGCCUGGGCGGAGGAGGGAACCUGCUGGUGGGUGUCGCCCAGCAGGCCGAUGGCGAGCUCUACAAGAGUGGCUUCCUGAUCCGUAAAGUCCACGCCGACGCCGACGGGAGGAGAACUGCUCGGGGCAAGAGGGGGUGGAAGUCUUUCUACGCCAUGCUGAAGGGUCUGGUGCUCUACUUGCAGAAGGAUGAGUUCCGUGCAGAGUGCGAGCUGACGGAGGAGGACGUGAAGAACGCCGUCUCCAUCCAUCACUCUCUGGCCCUGAGAGCCGCUGAUUACAGCAAGAGACCCAACGUCUUCUACCUGAGGACGGCCGACUGGAGAGUCUUCUUGCUGCAGGCUCCCAACGCAGAACAGAUGCAGUCGUGGAUCACGCGCAUCAACGUAGUGGCGGCCAUGUUUUCUGCCCCCCCGUUCCCGGCGGCGAUCGGCUCCCAGAAGAGAUUCAGCCGUCCUCUUCUGCCGGGAUCAAACACCAAACUGUCCCAGGAAGAGCAGGUCAAAUGUCACGAGAACCGGUUCAGGGCGGUGUCCUCUGAGCUGGCUGACCUCACGGCCUCCACACCGGACCGGAAGGUCAAAGGUCGCGAGCUGGAGGAGCAGAAGCUCCGCCAGGAGUACCUGGACUUUGAGACCCGGUAUGGGACGUACGCCAUGCUGCUCCGGGCCAAGCUGUCCAGCGGAGACGAGGACCUGGCAGCUUUCGAGUCGCGCCUGUUUGAAGACGGCGGCCUGCAGAGGACGCACUCCAGCCCCACGCUGCCUGUGGACGGCCCCCACAAGGAGAAGAGCCGCGGGGCCGUGACCUCCAAGAGCCUCAAGGUCACGUCGUCUUCGUCCUCCAAGGCCAGUGGCGGCGCUAAAGAGGGAAGCAGGAAGACGAGCGAACCGCAGAAACACAGCAGCAGACCGGAGGAGGGUUAGAGGGUCGGCAAGAUGCAUCAUGGGAAGGAGACAACGGCCUCCUUCUCGACCUUUUCUGUUCUGAGUGGCUCCUCAGAGCCCGGCUGAGAGGUCGAAGGUUGACGGGGGACGAGACGGUCGUUGCCAAGGACGACAAACUCGUUUACAAGUUGAAACAUUCAGGAAGCAUUAACACGGUUUUUAUUUCUCACCCAAACAUCUGAGUUUCAGAGUAAGAGCUUGAGUUCCUGUCAGGAAACUUUAUUUUGUUAAUGAAAGGAGAGCGAGCAGCAGAGACUCACAGGCGCUUUAUCGGUACUUAUGAUCGUUUCCACGCACAGCGACACGCUGACCUCCUGCGGGGGGGUUUCCAUGCCGACCAGAUAAGACGGUGAUGGAGGGGGGCUAACAAGCAGUGUGUGUGUGUGUGUGUGUGUGUCAGAAGUACUACUGUUCAUACAGUAGUACUGUGUUGUAUGAAAACUAUUUAAAGGCUGAAGAUGAAUCCAUCCCAUAAUUGUCAAUCAAUGCAUACCCCUACUUCACCAAUUAUAUAUAUACGUGUGUAUAUGUACAUAUAUACACAUAUGUGUGUGUAUAUUUACAUAUAAAUGUACAUAUAUGUGUAUGUGUAUAC